AGCCAGACCUGGGUGAAGGGGCAGUCCCAUCUCCAGCCUGUAACAGCCCUAGCAGGCAGAACAUGAGCCUCUUCCUGCGAAAGCGAUGCCUCUGCCUAGGCUUCCUGCUCUUCCAUCUCUUAAGUCAAGUCUCUGCAUCUCUGCGCUGCCCUUCUCGGUGCCCACCCAAGUGCCCCAGUAUAUCACCGACCUGCGCCCCCGGGGUGCGCUCGGUGCUGGACGGCUGCUCCUGCUGUCCGGUGUGCGCCCGCCAGCGCGGGGAGAGUUGUUCUGAGAUGAGACCCUGUGACCAGAGCAGUGGUCUCUACUGUGACCGCAGCGCAGACCCCAACAACCAGACUGGCAUUUGCAUGGUUCCAGAGGGAGACAACUGUGUGUUCGAUGGGGUCAUUUACCGCAACGGAGAGAAGUUUGAGCCGAACUGUCAGUACUUCUGCACCUGCAGAGAUGGGCAGAUUGGCUGUCUGCCCCGCUGCCAGCUAGACGUGCUACUGCCGGGUCCUGACUGCCCAGCUCCGAGAAAAGUCGCAGUGCCAGGGGAGUGCUGCGAAAAGUGGACCUGUGGCUCAGACGAGCAGGGGACGCAGGGGACGCUGGGAGGCUUGGCCCUUCCAGCCUAUAGACCGGAAGCCACCGUAGGAGUUGAAGUCUCUGACUCCAGCAUUAACUGCAUUGAGCAGACGACGGAGUGGAGCGCAUGUUCCAAGAGCUGUGGAAUGGGCGUGUCCACCCGGGUCACCAACAGGAAUCGCCAGUGUGAGAUGGUAAAACAGACUCGUCUCUGCAUCGUUCGGCCUUGUGAACAAGAGCCCGAGGAAGUAACAGACAAGAAAGGUAAAAAGUGUCUCCGCACCAAGAAAUCCCUGAAAGCCAUCCACCUACAGUUCGAGAAUUGCACUAGCUUGUACACCUAUAAGCCCCGGUUCUGUGGGGUCUGCAGUGAUGGCCGCUGCUGUACCCCCCACAACACCAAAACCAUCCAGGUGGAGUUUCAGUGUCUCCCGGGGGAAAUCAUCAAGAAACCAGUCAUGGUCAUUGGAACCUGUACCUGCUACUCCAACUGCCCUCAGAACAAUGAGGCCUUCCUCCAAGAUCUGGAGCUGAAGACAAGCAGAGGAGAAAUUUAACAGGUGCUCAGGGAAGCAUAUUGGUUGAGGCAAAUGGUUGCUGCGGCAUGGCCCACCAUCUGUAUAUAGGAAACAUAAUGAAGUUGUCCCACGUAUGUUGCUGUGAUCAUAUGAGGCCAUUUAUAUUUGUCUUUUUUUUUUUUAAUGAAAGAUGUUCCGAAUGUAAACUUAGAAUCAAGGUAAGCUCAGGAUAUGGCUUAAAGGUGACUUCCUUUCCUGUGCUGUUUAUUACAAGAGCAAAUUUAUAUAAAUUUAAGUCACAUAAAUGAUCUAGUUAGUAGAAUGUGGUCACAUCACAUUCAUUUUCUGUGCACUAGUUAAAUCCCAAUAAAUGUUACAGAAAUGAUUGACACAGUGAAAUCUAAGAUCAUGUUGAAUAUAUAUAUAUAUAUAUAUAUAUAUAUAUAUAUAUAUGUAUAUAUAUAUAUAUAUAUAUAUAUAUAUAUAUAUAUAUAUAUAAUACCAAGGUUGACUUGAGGGAUCUCUACUGAGUUCCUUGUUGGGGUAGGUCAACUUGUGCUUCCAAGUGUAAGAUCAAAGAAAACAUACAUCUCUUGAACAUGAAGUUCAGAGACUGAUUUUCUACUUAGUGCACCAGGAAAUAUGCUAUAGUUACAGCAGUAGAGUGUCUCUUAAUUACGUGGGCUAGUGUCAUGAACUUUCUCCAUUAUAGACAAACCGACUCCUUUCCAAUAGAAAGAAGCUGAACCAAAAACUCCCAAUGCAGAGAUGACGGGGCCUCUCAGCUCAUGGUUUGUACCCCGGAGGCUGCUGAGGCCCACUUCUUCAAAAUUAAACAGGGACUCUUUCAUAGUUAAAGUACACUGAAGACCAAGCCACCUAAUUUACAAUCUCUGAUGAUUUUCAAAUGUGCUUUUAGUGCAAUUUUGAAAAGGAAGAGCAGAAUCUACAAAAUUUUAUGAAAGUUUAAAGUAGCUGAAGACCUGCUCAAAAUACAUCUUUUGGUCAUAGUUAUGAAAACACAAGUUAUACAUGUGUACCUAUGUAUGCUUAAUAAACAAAGUUCACAAAAUGUGCUAGAAAAUACAAUUUGUACAUCACCAUACACAUCCCACUUUUCUUUUUAAAGUAUUUAUGAAAAUAUAAAUUAUACAUUUUGUAAAAUAUUCUCUUUAAUUUCCCUAGUUGUUACAAACAACUUUUAAAAAGUAUGAUGUUAUCAGUGAGUGACUCUGGUAUUAGUUUUGUGUUAUCAGUUUAAUGCUGUUUACUGAAAAUAAAAAUCCAUGAAUUAAA